AUGAAACGAACUUCAAGCACAUUGGCGUCGUCGUCUUCAUACACAACAACGUCAACGACAAAGUUCUUCUCGGCAAAGCGAUGUAAGAUUGAACACGAAAUAUUCAGCACUUCCAUCAAGGACAUUGAGAAGUUGUUCACCCAGCAAGACAGGUUCUGCACGCAGAGCUCGUCGACAGCAGCAUCGUCACCACCACCAACCACAGCAGCCACCACCCACAUGGCCAAUGGCAAGUGCGGCAUUGCCCCACGACAGCAAGCUGAAAUAGUCCAGAACCGGCCUUUGAAAUUCCCACGUUUCAGGAACCAAAGUCAAACACGGCCAUCUCCGAAUACCCUCACAACCACCCCCAUAACAACCACAACACCCUUGAACUUUGUACCCAACCAGACUGGUCCCCUUCACGAGUCAAGUUUCCAGUACUUGGACCACCCAAACUUGCCCCGCGCCUACCUGAAUUUCAACUACGACUGCAUAAACAUGGCAUUACUAGAAGACGACGACGAAGAAGAAGAACAAGAACAAGAACAGCAACAGCAACAACAGCAGAUGUGCGUGCAGACGCCUCAAAUAGAGUCACAGCGGUGUCUACUGACAGCAUCAGCAGUGAAAGACCUAUCGUUUACAUUCUUGGAGGAUGUAGAUGACGACGACGACGAUGAGUUGGUGGUCGGUGGGUGCAGUGGCUAUUACGCAGCUAACAUUCAGCUGGAUUUACUCAUGAUUGACCUGUUGUUGAUGCGCGGGUUGACGCAUUGA